AGAAGAAGCGGUCCAUAAAUAAUUAGCAAGAAGUAUAUCGAGCGUUUCUUGAAAAUCAAUCCAUAGAGCAUUCUCAUUGCGCCUGCGGAUUCGAGUGACUUCCCGGAAUGCAAUUCCAGCCGCGAACGAGUAAUAUAUUCCUCGUUCUCUCUCCUUCAAAAAUAAGUGCGUCGUAACAGAAUGAGUCACGAUAAUCUCAUCGCUGCGGUUCCUUGAAUUCACUUGGAACUGAUUACAUUUUCUAGAUCAUUGUUUCGCGCUGAUUCUUAAAAGAGUUGAUCGUUUUUCCAAUCGAAAGACCGGAGAACGAGCGAUGAACUGAGAACAAGGAGCGUAUUUCAAUCGCAAUGUAAAAGUCUUCAAUGAGAGUCCGAAAUACCGUCGCCACUACGAACAUCUCAAGGCCGUGUACGCUCACACGAUUGUAGAUCACGAGGGGGAUCUAUACGUACAACAGACAGACGAUCAUGGUCGAUCCAUAAGACACAAGGCAUACACGGCCUCUCCCACGUUCCUCGGCUCUCACAAUCUCACAAUCAGUCUUGUCAGUUCGCGUACGGCUGCAGCAUGGGCGCGGGUAAUUGCAAAACCUUCCGGAGAAGCGCCGGCUCAAGUCGAGACACUCGAGACACAUCCGCCGCAACAGAUACCUCAAAAGAACAUGACACCUACAUUGAGGAAGUGGUGUGCAAACAGGAAGAUAUCAACGAAAAUGAGAUGAAAAUGCUACCGUUGGGAAAUAAUGAAAAGAAAAUUUUGUUGAUUAAACAGAAUGGAGAAUUGCACGCGAUUGGUACCAAAUGCACGCAUUAUGGUGCCUUGCUACAUACCGGCGCGUUAGGGGAAGGACGAGUGAGAUGUCCAUGGCACGGUGCAUGUUUCAAUAUUAAAACUGGGGACAUUGAAGAUUAUCCAGGCUUGGAUUCUUUACCAUGCUAUAAGGUUCGCGUAGACAAGAGUGGUCUUGUCCACGUAAGAACCAAACAUACAGAGCUGAACAAUAACAAACGUAUGAAGGAUAUGUCUGCACGUGAUCCUGAAAAUACAAAGACUGUCAUAAUAGUUGGUGGUGGACCAUCGGGUGCUACCUGUGCAGAGAGUUUGCGACAGGAGGGUUUUACAGGACGCAUCAUUAUGAUAUGCAGAGAGAACGUAAUACCUUAUGAUCGAAUAAAGGUAUCCAAAGUAUUAGAUUUCGACGUUCAUUCUGCGACAUUACGAUCGCCCUCAUUUUACAAGGAACAUAAUAUUGAAACGAAACUGGGAGUAAAAGCAAUAGGUUUAGAUACGACUGAAAAUACUGUCAAGCUGAGUAAUAACGAGAAUUUCGUGUAUGAUUAUUUAUUUAUUUGCACAGGCAGUAAACCGAGAAUGUUAAAUGUGCCUGGAGCAAAUUUAUCAAAUAUUUUUGUUCUGCGAGAUUACACAGAUUCACAAGGCGUACAAGCACUUCUAUCCCCCAAGAAACAUGUAGUUGUUCUAGGAUUAGGCUUUAUUGGCAUGGAAAGCGCGGCUUAUUGUAUCGAUAAAUGCGCGUCUGUCACAGUAAUAGGAUGGGAUACUGUACCCUUCAGAGAGAUAUUCGGCGCGGUUAUUGGUAAUAGAAUUAAAAAAGAGCAUGAGGCAAAAGGUGUGAAGUUUAUCUUCCAAAAUAAUAUUAAGCAAUUUAUUCCUAAGGAAGGUGAAGAGAAUGUUUUAGCUAAGGUCGAACUUACAGACGGCCAGAUUCUACCAGCAGAUAUAGUUAUCGUUGGAAUAGGAUCCACUUUUUACACUGAUUGGAUGAAAACAUCUUCUGUCACAAUGAGAGACGAUGGCACUAUUCCAGUAAAUGAGCAUUUAAGGACAAAUGUGGAAAAUAUAUAUGCUGGAGGUGACAUAGCUUAUGCACCGAUAUAUGGAUCUGACGACACUUUUGCUGCGAUAGGUCAUUAUUCUCUAGCUCAUUAUCAUGGAAAAAUAGCGGCUCUAAAUAUAUGCAGUAAAGAAACUUCUUUGAAGACUGUACCAUUCUUCUGGACAAAUUUACUGGGUAGGAAUUACAGAUAUGCAGGCUACGGAAAACCUAUUAGUAUAAAGAUUUAUGGCUCACUGGAUAAACUGGAAUUCUUCGCUUAUUAUCUUAAAGGUGGCAAAGUAAUAGGAAUUAGCAGUGUUAAUGCCGAUCCAGUUGUGGCAGAUUUUGCAAAUUUACUUUAUGAGGGAAAGAUCUUAACAGAAGAAGAAAUUAAUACAGAUCCGUUUGGUUGGAUGAGAAAUAAACCAAAAAAUCUAUCAACUCGGUUUCAAGAAAGCUUUUCAGUCGAUGCUUAAGUUUGAAUUGUUUAACAUGAAUAUAAUUUAAUGCUUAAACAAUGUUACAGUAUUAGUUUUAAUUUUUACUUUGUAAUUUGCAAUGUAUGACAAUCUUAAUAGAUAAACUUAUGUAACAUA